UCAUAUCCACUUAUAUCUUCAACCAUCUUCAACAAAAGUUUUGUUUAUCUGAUGCACUGUUCGAAUAUUUUAUUAAAAUAAAAUGACAUCAAUGAAGAUAUUGGUAUUGUUGCGAAUUGGUCGCAAUACAAAUGUAACUACUACAAUCAGUGGUUUCCAUACAUCCUCUGUAACACAUUUAAAUCAGGAUUGGAGGGCCAAGAAGAAACUACACUCUAAUCCAUAUACUUGUGGUCCCCUGGUUAAUUUACCAGAUUACUCGUUCAAAGAUAAUAAUAAACCUGUUCCAUAUGGCAUUAAUCAGUUAAAGCGUAUAAGGCAGCACCAAGAAUAUGCAAAAAGAGUUGUACACCUAGCUGGUGAAAUUGAUGGUGCUCUUGAAAGGUAUAAUAGAUUGCAAAAUGAAAAAGAAAGAAGAAAACAGCAGAUUAUAGAUAACAAAUUAAAACCAAAAGGACAAUUAUUAAUAACAGACAAAUAA